AUGACACCGUCGCCUCAAGUAUUAUUUCAACUCCGGACGACGGAAUGUAUCGCACUGCUGGUAAUUCUGCUUGUAUCUCUGCUACCCAAAGGUGUUAGAAGGAUCGAACCCCCCUCCACCGACGUAGUCUUGGAGAUAAGGACUGUUGUACGAGCUAUCCAAACACCUCGAAAGCAACUCAUAGUGUUCCUGUUGAGUUUGGUUGCACUCACUGCUCUUCUUGACGGCUCGGUGACCGUGGCUAAUGCGCUUUUUAAGCGCGUCUUUGAAACGAAAAUUCCGGCUUGGAAGGGGUCCGAGUUCUAUUCAGUCGUUCUGUUUGUGACAUUUACAGGAUUUGCUAUAGUCAGUCUUUUGAAGGAGGCGCACCAUCAUCCAAUUUGGCAGUCUAAGCUACUCAAGCUUUUUGUGUUUGUCGCCCUAUUAUUUGAUACGGCACUCGCAAUCCUCAUUCCUAUUGUCAUACCGAUCUGGAGGAUUCGUUCCAGCACAAAGUCAACUACCCCAGGAAUUUUGGAUUCUACCCCAUCGCUUGGGAUCACACCUGCACUUCAUUUCGGUCUCACCGUGUUUCGUGUGCUUAUUCUGGCAGUGCUUUUUACUACGCUAUUCUUUCCCCGCAUUACAUACGAACCUAUCGAGCAGAAUGAAUCCGUUCCCCGGACUGACGAGACGCCUUUGUUGAUCCCAGCUGCGGUGGCCGCAUCAACACAAUCUUCCGCAGAACCGGGGUCUUCCAAACCCAAAUAUGGUACCUUUAACGGUAGCAACACCACCCCACCUGGAGGUGUUUCCACCUCUGCUCCAGGCACUAGUGUCCAGGCGCCAACAAUCCCAGUACCAACUGAGCCUACCUGGUACGAAAACGGUGCGCGACUUAUGCGGUUAACCUCGUACCUGUGGCCUUCCAGGAAUAUCGGUUUGCAGCUUCUGGCAUUCAUAUGCUUGCUUAUCGUUGCUGUUGGCCGCAUCGUCAAUGCGGCGAUUCCUUUCCAGUUCAGUACAGUUGUUGAUACUCUCGCUCAGCCAGAUGCUCCUCAUGGCAUAUGGGGUCCGCUUCUGUGGUAUAUCGUUCUUAGGUUUCUCAGUAGUUCUGGAGGAUUAAACGCGCUGCGCAGUGUUCUCUGGGCACCUGUGAUACAAUUCUCUGACCGCUCCCUAUCCCAGCUCGCAUUUGAUCACUUACUCAAUCUUUCGCUCGCGUGGCAUACUCGUCGCAAGACCGGCGAGGUUUUAAGGAUUCUCGAUCGUGGUGCUUCGAUCAAGCAAAUAUUCGAACUUUUGAUCUUUACUCUUUUACCAACUGCCGCUGAUACUUUCAUUGCGGUGUGGAUCUUCUUUUGGUACUUUGGACCUGCUAUGAGCGUCUUUAUUGCCACUACUAUGGUUCUUUAUGUCACAACCAGUGCCAUGAUCACCAACAGGAUAAACAAUCUGUCAAGAAAAAUGGUUGAAACUGAUAUAACCACUCGUGGCGUUCAUACCGACUCUCUCCUAAAUUACGAGACGGUCAAGUACUUUAACGGCGAAGCUCACGAGGGAGAGCGUUACCAUGAAGCCCUCUCUCGAGUCCAGCAAUUUCAGCUUCGCGUAACGGCUUCCCUAAACCUCAUGAGUCUGUCUCAGAACCUUGUGCUUACUGCUGGCCUACUUGUUGGUUCAUUACUCAUCAUCUUCGACUCGACCCAUCAAGAUGUUAUGAAACGAUUUGUUGUGUUUAUUACCUAUCUAGCAGAGCUCUAUAGCCCGUUGACGGCCUUCGCGCUCCUCUAUCGUACCAUCAGUCAAAGCUUGGUCGACGCCGAACGCUUGUUAGACCUUCUCGACGAACCUUCAGAAGUACGAGAUAAGCCUAGUGCCAAAGAUCUUGUGGUGACCGAUGGCGUUAUCGAAUUCGAUAAUGUGACUUUCUCCUACGAUGGUCGUGCAACUGCGCUCAAAGGCGUCUCUUUCAAAGUCCCCAAGGGCGGUUCGCUCGCUCUUGUAGGCGAGUCUGGCUCCGGCAAGAGCACGAUUUUAAAGCUCCUGUAUCGUUUCUACGACCUUGCUCCCAGCGAUGGUGCUAUCCGUAUUGACGGACAAGACAUUCGCGAUGUCACCCAGGCAAGUCUUCGAAGGGCGAUCGGCAUUGUGCCCCAAGACUGCGUUCUAUUUAACAAUACCAUUGCUUAUAAUAUUGGCUAUGGAAAAUUGGGUUCAUCGACCGAGGAGAUCGAAAAUGCGGCUCGGGCGGCUCAAAUACACGAGCGUAUCAUCUCCUUCCCAGACGGCUACGAAACCAUUGUUGGUGAACGUGGUGUGAGGUUGAGUGGUGGUGAGAAGCAGCGUGUUGGGAUUGCUCGCACUAUCCUUAAAGCCUCACCCGUAAUCUUAUUGGACGAAGCUACUUCUGCACUAGAUACGAGCACCGAGCGGGAUAUUCAAAAGGCGCUUCAAAAUUUGACCGAGGGGCGUUCGUCAGUAUCAAUUGCUCACCGCCUAUCAACCAUUUCCAAGUCUGAUUUAAUCCUCGUAUUUCAUCAGGGAGAAAUUAUCGAAUCGGGCACCCAACGUGAAUUGAUUGAACUUGGUGGCCGAUUUGCCGCUAUGUGGACUGACCAAGUGUCCUCGGUGAACGAAAAUCGCGUACCACCCCGAGCCGCCGGACAGAACGGGCCUGGGACUCCUCCUGAAACCGCAGUCACCUCCGGACUUCAUAUUCUUCCCUCCGGAGAAUUCGUUCCUACUGGUGUCGCCUCCAAGCACCCCGAACCUAUCAAACCCAAGCGCCAAGAACUCAGUUCAGGCUCGACGCGCGAAGUCCGACCCGAUGUCACAUUUGCUACUGUCGCAUCUAGGGAACCUACUACCUCUCAGCUUAUUAGCACUUCCCAAAUAGAUAAUUAA